AUGGCUGAUCGCUACAUUCCCGAGCAUCGCCGUGCCAACUUCAAGGCAAAGAGCACAUUCAAGCCUGAGGAGUUGCGCCGUCGUCGCGAAGAGCAGCAAGUCGAAAUUCGCAAGGCGAAGCGAGAGGAGAACUUGGCCAAAAGAAGAGGCAUUGCCACGGGCGAGAACCGUCCUGGUGCCUCGCUCGGUGCCGCCCCCGACAGCGAUGAUGAAACUACUCCCACUGAGACUCAACAUCGUCGUAUUUUGCUCGAUCGGUUGCCAGGCGACUUCCCACAGCCCCACCAUAAUUCAGGGGCCUUCAGCUGGGUGACUCCACGUCCCUGUAUCGUGGAGCACGCCGAGCCAGGCCCCAUUCCCUAUUGCUUUCCUUCCCUGCCGGCCUCCUCUCUCAAUGAAGAUCUUCCUCAGAUGGUCGAGGGCGUUUUCUCGGACCAGAUCGACCUGCAGAUUCAGGCCACCACAAAGUUCCGAAAGCUGUUGUCCAAAGAGCGCAACCCCCCGAUUGAAGAGGUCAUCAAGACCGGUGUAGUCAGCCGCUUCGUGCAUUUCCUACGCUCCCCUCAUACCCUGGUCCAGUUCGAGGCUGCCUGGGCCUUGACCAACAUUGCCUCCGGUUCCGCGACUCAAACUCAGGUGGUCAUCGAAGCCGGUGCCGUCCCCAUUUUCGUCGAGCUCCUCGAAAGCCCCGAGCCCGAUGUUCGCGAGCAGGCCGUAUGGGCCCUCGGUAAUAUUGCUGGCGAUAGUCCCCACUGCCGAGACUAUGUCCUUAGCUGUGGCGCGCUGAAGCCUUUGCUUGCCCUGCUCGGCGACAGCCGUAAGCUGAGCAUGCUUCGAAAUGCUACUUGGACCUUGAGUAAUUUCUGCCGUGGCAAGACUCCUCAGCCGGACUGGGCUACCAUCGCCCCCGCUCUGCCUGUUCUGUCUAAGCUCGUAUACUCGCUGGACGAUGAGGUCCUUAUCGAUGCCUGCUGGGCUAUUUCUUACCUCUCCGACGGCUCGAAUGACAAAAUUCAGGCGGUUAUUGAAGCGGGCAUCCCCCGUCGCCUCGUCGAGCUACUCAUGCAUGCCUCUACCUCUGUGCAGACCCCAGCACUGCGGUCAGUUGGAAACAUCGUUACUGGUGAUGAUGUCCAGACCCAGGUCAUUAUCAACUGUGGCGCUCUUCCUUGUCUACUCUCCCUCCUCAGCUCGAAUAAGGAUGGUAUCCGUAAGGAGGCUUGCUGGACCAUCUCCAACGUCACGGCUGGCAACUCGGCCCAGAUCCAAGCCGUCAUCGACGCCAAUAUCAUUCCGCCCUUGAUCCACCUCCUCUCGAACGGCGAUCUCAAGACCCGCAAAGAAGCCUGCUGGGCCAUCAGCAACGCUACAUCCGGUGGUCUGCAGAAGCCUGAGCAGAUUCGGUACUUGGUGUCGCAGGGCUGCAUCAAGCCCCUGUGCGACCUUCUUGCCUGCCCAGACAAUAAGAUCAUCCAGGUUGCUCUCGACGGCCUGGAGAAUAUCCUCAAGGUCGGCGAUCUUGACAAGCAGGCCGCUGGAGAAGGCGCCGACUCGAUUAACCGCUAUGCUCUGUUCAUCGAGGAAUGCGGCGGCAUGGAAAAGAUCCACGAGUGCCAGACCAACGCCAAUGAGGAGAUCUACAUGAAGGCAUACAACAUCAUCGACAAGUAUUUUGCUGAUGAGGAGGAGAACGCCGACGCUGGAAUGGCUCAGGGUACUGGCCCGAACGGCACCUUCGGCUUCGGGGCCAAUGCCCCUGCUCAGCAAAGCGGCUUCAACUUCGCCAACGGCGGCGAUUCUAUGGACAUGUAA